UAUAAUAUCGUAAAAUUUGUUUUGUAAGUGUUGGAAUCGAAAGACUGUGAACACGGGUAACCGAUAACCGUAGGAACGUACUUUGCGUGUAACGUCAGAUCCUGAAAUUGGUUUUGUGGAGGAAUGGCGAAUUGAAGAUACGGAGAACUGGGCCUUUGUUCCAGUUAUUUAUAGUUUUGUUAGUUACACUCUGAAAUAUAGAAGUGACUCCCCAAAUCAUUCUGUGUAUCUACACAACCUAGAAAGUAUGUCCACCCCAGCAAGGAGACGUCUUAUGCGUGAUUUUAAGAGACUUCAAGAAGAUCCACCUACAGGAGUGAGUGGUGCACCAACAGAUAACAAUAUAAUGAUCUGGAAUGCUGUGAUAUUUGGACCUCAUGACACACCAUUUGAAGAUGGCACCUUUAAGUUAACAAUAGAGUUUACAGAAGAAUAUCCUAACAAACCUCCGACAGUGAGAUUUGUUUCAAAAAUGUUCCAUCCCAAUGUAUACGCGGAUGGGGGAAUAUGUUUAGAUAUUCUGCAAAAUAGGUGGAGUCCUACAUAUGAUGUUUCAGCUAUUUUGACUUCUAUACAGUCACUUUUAAGUGAUCCAAACCCCAACUCCCCAGCAAAUUCCAUGGCAGCUCAGCUUUACAAGGAAAAUCGAAGAGAGUAUGAGAAGAGAGUGAAAGCCUGCGUGGAGCAGAGCUUUGUAGACUAGUGAUUUGUUGUCCAGUGCACAUGAAAACAAUUCAAAAUCAAGAACAUCAACUAACAAACAAAUAAAUACUGUGGCUGUUUUAUUAAUGUUUAUCUUUUGUGUCACUGCUGUGCCACAAAACAUAUGAAACAACUUGUAGAGUUGAUGUUGAUAUCUUUACUGACACUGAUGAGCACUGAGUAUAAUUUUGUACCACAAUGGGUAUAAAACGAAGCCAGUUAGCUUAGGGAGAUGUGGCUUUAAGAUUUGCAGAGGUAGUAUAAUAGCAUAGAAGCUACCUUUAAGCAUGUGUCUGUGUGCAUGAAUGUGGCUACAACAAACCUGUGUUGUCAUAGAGAGGCUGAUGUAAAUACAGGACACAGAAUUGUCAUUAGAAUAUAUUAUCAAAUAUACUACAUAAUGCAUAAUGCAGUUUAUGUAGUGUUGAGUAAUAUUUGUGACUUUUCCUUCCAAGAACGCAUACAUUAGAAAUUGACCAUGUGCCUGUGUGUGCUUUGCAAUGCUUUAUUUCGAUAUUUGCGUUGAACAAAAAUAGCACACGUUCCUGUGUGCAUGAAAGUAAGCAGAAUAGACAACUGGAAGAAUACUCCUGAAUGGUUCUUGUGCGCAUUACAAUAAGUUUUAUGCUGAGUUUUUCACAGAUUAAUUUUAAGCUAUUCAGCUAUUUUUACAGAUUGUAAUUUCGUUAUGGUCAAUAAGUGAAUGUAUGCAUUACAGCACUUCAUCUCUCUCUCUCUCUCACACACACACACACAUAUAUAUAUAUAUAUAUAUGUAUAGAUCAGUAUACAUGAGGAAAACACAAGGAAGCAUAACGUUCUUUUAAAGAACUACUCAUCACUGAAUACAACACAUUUUUCUGUUAUAAGAAUUUAACUUUGGACAGUAAGUUUUCAUACUGGGAGAAGUGUCACACGGGAAACAUUGUCAUUUCAAGGUACGGAUUAUUAUAAGAAGAAACGAACUUACUUCAGUUGUCAAAAAAGGCUUGAAAGCUUUAAGGAGAUUUUGUGUAAACAGUUUGUGUCAUUCAUCUAUGAGCUGAUUUUAAUUUUUAUGAUGGAAAAGGAUACAUCAUACUCUUCUGUCAUAAAAAUUUUGUUGCUGCAUAUUGUAUUUAUUUAUCAAACCUCAGAAUAAAUUCUAACUGAUUAUAAUUUGUUGGAAACUUACUGGCUAUUUCUUCCAUGAAAAGUGCAUUUUAAACCUUAAUGUGUUACUUUGUAAGUCAUUUCCAUGCCCAAAUCUAUUAUGUGUGAAGUCAACAUGAUAAAAUGUUACAGCCACGUUUUAUGAUCCUCAGCUUUCAAUAUUUCUCACCGAGAAUACAAAAAAGUUGUAAUUUGCACAGAAUGGUCUA